GCUGCGAUUGAAGCCGUGUCAGCCAGCAUGUUCAAGAUCAAGGAGUUGAAGGGUCGCGAGAUUUUGGACAGCCGCGGCAACCCCACCGUUGAGGUGGACCUCAUGACCGAGGGUGGCGUCACAGUCACCGCCGCAGUGCCCAGCGGUGCCUCCACAGGCGUCCACGAGGCCUGCGAGCUUCGAGACGGAGACAAGGGCCGCUAUCUCGGCAAAGGAGUUCUCAAGGCCGUGGAGUCCGUGAACACGGUUUUGAACGCGUCCCUGAAGGGUUUCGACGUGUCCAAGCAGAAGGAACUGGAUGACAAGAUGAUUGAGCUGGAUGGCACCCCAAACAAGAGCAAGCUCGGCGCCAACGCAAUCCUCGGUGUUUCCAUGGCAGCAGCCAAGGCUGCUGCACAGGCCAAGGGAAUUCCUUUGUACCAGCAUUUUGCCGACUUGGCGGGCAACACUCAGAAGCUUACCCUGCCGGUUCCGUGCUUCAACGUCAUCAACGGCGGCUCCCAUGCAGGCAACAAGCUCGCCUUCCAAGAGUAUUUCAUCAUUCCUGUUGGUGCCUCCUCGUUCAAGGAUGCCAUGCGCAUCGGAUCUGAGUGCUACCACACUCUGAAGGGAAUCAUCAAGAAGAAGUUCGGCGGUGAUGCUACCCUGAUUGGUGAUGAAGGUGGCUUUGCUCCUCCAUGCGAUGCCAAGCAGGGUGUGGAAUUGAUCAUGGAGGCCAUCGAGAAAGCUGGGUACAAGGACAAGUGCAAGAUUGGCAUGGACGUCGCCGCCUCCGAGUUCAAGACGGAGGGCGCCGACUGCUAUGACCUUGGCACCUGGUAUGCCGAAGCUGAGAAGACUCCUGAGCUGAAGAUGACUGGCUCACAGCUAGCUGACUUCUACGCGGACCUGUGCGCCAACUAUCCUCUCAUCACCAUCGAAGAUCCUUUCGACCAGGAUGAUUGGGCCGCGUGGACGGGCUUCACGGCAAAGGUCGGCGGGCCCACUCAGGUUGUCGGAGACGAUCUGACCGUGACCAAUGUCACCCGCGUGAAGAAGGCUAUCGACGACAAGGCUUGCAACGCGCUUCUGCUGAAGGUGAAUCAGAUUGGCACCGUCUCCGAGUCCAUCGAGGCUGUGAAGCUGUGCAAGACCAACGGCUGGGGCGUCAUGUGCUCCCACCGCUCCGGUGAGACCGAGGACACUACCAUUGCGGACUUGGCCGUCGGCCUUUGCACCGGGCAGAUCAAGACUGGUGCCCCGUGCCGAUCUGACCGCAAUGCCAAGUACAACCAGCUGAUGCGCAUUGAGGAGGAACUGGGCGACAAGUGUGCCUACGCGGGUGAGUCCUGGCGAAAGCCAGUUUGGAUGUCUUAG